ACUUAAAUGACCUUGCAAUAGCUCUCGCCUUUUCCUAUUGCCCAUUCCUCAUAGUGUGCGGAGUUUCCCGUAUAUACUUGGACACUCUACCGCAUAGCUGCAAUUGCUGGCCGAUUCAACUAGCUUGGAUUCUGUGGUGGGUAGAUGUCUCUCUCUCGAUUCUGGUCUGCUGCCUUGUCUCCUUCAAUAUGUAAGUGGCUAUUUUUUAUUCUUCUUGCUUCCUCUUAUUUUUCUGCUCAUCUCAACCACAGACUCUGGACCCACGGUAUAAAGUCAUCGGUCAUGACGACGAGCGGGUUAUUUCCAUUUCUUGCGCCGAUUGUCUCUGCAAGUUCGGGUGGGGUUAUUGCGGAAGUCCUUUCGAGCGAACGUCAGAUAACUCAGACGGCUAUCACAAGCUAUAUCCUGUGGAGUAUUGGCAUACUUCCAGCCAUGGCUUUCAUUAUACUCUAUGUCUACAACAUACUGGAGACCAAUAUGCCACCAAAGGAGCAUAUAGUGUCGUUAGCUCUGCCAACAGGUCCAUUUGGAUACGGCGCGUUUGGGCUUAUGAGAUUGGGAGAAAUUGGUGAUCAGUUACUCCUGGGCACCAGGUCCGGAGGAAAUUUUCUCCAAGAUAGGAUUGGUAGCCGGCCUCCCUUUCUGGGCGUGUGGGUUGUGGUGGUUCCUUUUUGCAGCAACAUCAGCAGUCAGAGCAAAGGUCUCUUUUAACAUCAAUUGGUGGAGUACAACAUUCCCGACGGGUACGUUAGCUAUGGCAACAAUAAUGAUCAGUAAUCAACUGUCGUCAACAUUCUUUAAGAUCUUUGCAACGGUUCUAUCAGGCAUCACUCUUUUGCUUUGGCUUAUUACGUUUUAGGGGAUAUUGAUAAUGUUGGCUAAUAAGAAAAUCCUCAAGACACCGUUCCUGGCAGAUAUUCUGAGCCAAAGCGGGGAAACAUAUAUAGAGAUUGGGUAGUCUGCCAUUAUUAAGUGUUCAAUGAUGAUAAUGAUGAUGAAUUUAUUUGCCCGAUGUAGCUUACUCUAAAUAUAUGCUGCUAUGCGGGAGU